CAGAGCUUGGCAGCUUGCGAGAGAAAGAAGAAGCGUCGGGGAUAGAAGUUGCUAGAUAGUUGUUUGUGUAGACAAUAAACCCUUCAAAUAACUAUCUUUAACACCGACAAAGGACCCGAACAGCACCGCAUUCAAAUAAGCUCUGACCACAGAAAGCAGCUGAUACUGUUGAAUAUUGCAAAGAGGACAACCAUGCCUGCUCUCUCUGCACCCACUGAUAUCGGCAGCUCACCCCCUUCUCCAGUGGAUAGCAGUCCCAGGAGGCUGUCCUGGGGCAAACUUGUCCAAAGAUUGGCAGAUUUCAGCACAUCUGCCAACAGCAGCAGCAUUGAGUCGGGGUCCAACAAUGGCAGCAGGAGUGACCUCUCGGACUUAGGGUCAGAUGUCUACAGCGACCUGUCUCCCUCUAACGAAGACCUGUUUUAUGAUCCAAUGGAGGAGACCAUCCUGAAAGAAGUAGUGGACCUUAUUGCACGAAGCCUGAGAGAAGCCAAAGACUCAGACUGCGCCUUACGAUGUACCAAACUGCUCAUCCCAGAGAAACUCCUGGAGCACAUCGGACAGGAGCUCCUUCACCUGGCAGCUAGUGAGCCCUGCGGUUUGAGGGGGGCUCUCAUUGACCUCUGUGUGGAGCACGGGGCCACCUGCGAGAGCAUGGGGCAGCUAUCUGUGGACCCCUACCUUGUCCCCACCUUUCAGCUGACUCUGGUGUUGAGGCUAGAGUCUGGUGGGCUGUGGCCUAAAAUCCAAGGACUUUUUAGCACAAAGUCUCCUUCCACUCCAGUGGUGCGGCAAGCUAUUAAACUUAGCACUGGUUUCCGCGUGAUCAAGAAGAAACUGUAUUGUUCUGAAGAACUGCUCAUUGAGGAAUGUUGAGAAAUGAAAGGGACUGUCGAUGUUUUAUUGUCAACGCUUUUAAAAUGCCCAGUUCAGCUCACAGAAGGGCCUUAUUACUAUAACUACAUGCAUAUGAUGCCUUUUUGAAGUGUAAGGAUGGACUUUUUCAUGAUUUAGCCUAUUGUUCCUACUGUAAGGGAACUGGAGUUUAUGGUACCUGGAGCAGGUGUUGCUCUUAACUGACUGUCAGAUUUUCAAAUUACAAUGUGUAACCAUCGUGAUUAUAUCUGGUAAAGAGGCAUUUUGCGAGUAUUAAAGUGCGUACCUCAGUUUCUAUUGAAACCAGACAACGGCAGCUAGCUAUAGUCAUUGAAGACCAUUUGUGUUCUUUCUUUUUAUACAUGGCAAUUAAUUGUAAUGUUCACCAAGUGAUGAACUGUACACCAAGCAAAGCAUUAGGGACCUUAGUGACUGCUUGAUGUCAAGUGCGAAGGCCUACCACUGCUUGCCUUGCGCAAUAAAUGUGCAAGCUGCGGCUGAGAUUUCAAAUGUAACUUGAUCUUGUAUCUGUGUAGACCUGUCCUGCUUUCAACUUUAUUUAUUUGACAUUCAAAUACUCAUACCAUUGCACUGUUUUUGUACUUUCAUGAUUACAAAUAAAUUAUUUUUUUUAACUGUU